UUACAUUCUAUCGGCGGUCAUAUAUUUUUUCACCGAAUGCUACGUCUAUCCUAGAUCUCGUUUGUGGUUUAAUGUUUUACCAAUACCGAUGCCAUCUCACACAAAGUUUGAAUCAUGACAAGAUUGUAAUCACCUCUUAUCUGCUGUGUAUUUAUGUGUGCUACGCUUAACUGUAUCGCAAUAUUAUUGUGUGGUGUGUAGUAGACGCGAAGUAAUCAUACUUUGAUCAAAAUUGACAUGUGUCCUUGCGAGUUAAAUCGUUUUCGUUGUGCAUUGAUUACAAAUUAUUUGUGAAGUUAGAUGCCGGCAAGACGAUUUAAUACGUCGUUAUUUAGAAUAAUAGGUUAUUAAUGUUUUCAUCUAACUGUUAGCGUUUCUGUAGGUUAUUAUUAUUUCUAUUUCAACGAACGAAAACAUCGUGUUUAGUGUAAUAUGUUGAUAAAUCAAGAUCCACAGUGGAGUGGCGUCAUGGCGCCAGAAAUACAGAUGUUUCCAGACCUUGAACUCAUCGGUGAUGGCGAUUGUUUGCCUCUACCAGAUGACUUGUUUCAAACAUUAAGUUCUGAAUUAGAUAUGCCACUUUUCAUGGACAGUGAAGUAUCUUUUGAGACAAACAAUGAUUCUGAUAAUCAAAUUAUGAAAGAUGUUUCUUUAGGAGAAUCUGCAACUUCUUUUGAAGAUUUUACUGCGAAUGUUUUGCAGCAGAGUUCAGAUUCAGACGUAACCAAUGAUGUGAACAUGGAAAUAAAAUUGGAACCUGCAAGCCCUUAUGUUCAGCUGCCUCUUUCUCCAGCUUUAAGUCAUUCAGAAUCUAGUAGAUACGAAUUGCAAGUAGAAACAGACUCUGUUUCUCCAUUAUGUGAUUUUAAGCCAACUCUGGAAACACCACCAAUUUCACCCCCACAAAAUGUUUCUCCAUCUGCAUCUCCUGAACCAAUAUUGAAUGCAAUCAUUCCAAAACAAAUAAAGGUUAUGCCUCUUACAUCUCAGGUUGAGGAGCAUGCAAAAUUUAUCCUCUCUAAAGGAAAUAUGGUUAAACGCAUUAGAUUACAACCAAAGGAUAAUGUGCAACCUAUGACCGAUGAACAGCCUCAGAAAGCUAUAUUUUUGAGUGCACAAAAUUUUGUUGCGCUCACCCAAAAAGUUAAGCAGAAUUAUGCAUCAUAUCCUUUUACACGACAUUUAUUGCCAACAAAUGGAAAUAUUAAAACCCAAACUGCAGUACAGUUUUCACCGCUACAAGUGAAGGCGGAAGCAAGUACAGUUCAAAUACCACAAGAGAAUCAUGUGAAAGUAAUGGAUAAUAUUCCUGAUGUGUGUAUAUCAGGCAGAGAACCGAUAGUUAGCGUUACGGACUCGCCCUUGAUUCUUAAAAAUGGAACAACUAGAUGCACGUCUAUAGUUGUAAAAAAUGAUUCGUCUGGUUGUAGGCCAAUAGUAAUUAAGGCAGAGAAUUCGAACUAUACACCAAUUGUUAUAAAAAAUGAGACUCAAGAUAUAGCUAAUUUUACCGGACGACAAGAGUGUGAAAUGAAAGCGUUGAAACGACAGCAAAGAAUGAUUAAGAAUAGAGAAUCGGCUUGUCUUUCGCGAAAAAAAAAGAAGGAGUAUGUAUCUUCGUUGGAAAAACAAAUCUGCGAAUUACAGCAUGAAAAUAAACAAUUAAAAAUGGAAAAUAUAAACUUAAAACAGAAACUCUCAACAUUAGAAGAUACAAUGGGCACUGGUAACAAACUUAGAAGUAUAAAACUCAAUGCAAAUAAGAAGAAUGUUGCUAUUCUUUUGGGAAUGGUUUUUAUGAUUUCCUUAAAUUUUAAUAGUUUUAGUGGUAUAUUUUUGCAAAGUAAUCGAUUGAACAUCUUACCGGCUGACGUUCCUGUUAGCACACAACAUGUCAGACAUGGCAGAACAUUACUUUGGACACUCAAGGAUCAAAUUCCAGAAGACGAAGAGAGUUUUCGUAAAAAUACAUCGAUUCCUCAACCAAUGUGUCCAAUGCACAUUAAUCAAAGUGAAUCUAUUCGUUUAGAUUACGAAUUGAGACGAUGGAUCGGUAGAGAGUCUGAUCAAUAUAAUUGGACUAUACCACAAAAAACGAAGUCGGAUGCAAAGCUGGUGGGAAAAUUGUUAUCGUCGCCAAACGUAAUGCUAAAAAAAUUUAAAGAUAAACAUAAACUAAAGAUAAACUUAUCUCGAAGAAGCAAAUACGAAAUACAUCGAAAAACGACGGAUUCGUCGAUAUCGAACGCGGUGGAAGUAUUUUCUCCGACAUUAAAGGAGCAUGCUUCUUUGUUCGAAGCAUUGGGAAGAAGAGAUGACACGUUUUAUGUCGUUUGGUUUAGCGGAGAGCAUUUGCUAUUACCAGCUUCGAACAAAAAUAGUACAGGUAGACCGAGAAUGUCAUUGGUCCUUCCUGCCUUGCCUAUGAACGAAACAUUUUCAACGCCUGCAAAUCAUAUAACAAUGAUGCAAAUCGACUGCGAAGUUACCAAUACUCAAUUGUUACAUUUAGAACAAUCAGUCAUACCUAAUCAUUUGAAAAGUAAUAAUAGAUCUCGAAGUCAUACGCACGAAACUCGUGCUGCAAGUGACGUCUCGGAUGCAAUACCUGCGAACAUGACUAAAAAUUACAAACCAUAUUUCAUCAAAGAAACUGAUCACAAAAUUUUCCACAAAAAGAACUUGAAAGAUAUUUAUAUAGAUAAAAAUAGCGAAGAUCAUAAUAAAACAACCGCAUAUAUAUUAAAACAGAAAUUUAUUUCCGAAUUUGAUUUAGAGGAGGUGAAAACUGAAAUGUUAAGAGAUUUAAGGAAAACAGAAUCGCGGACAAGGUCUAUGACGUCACAAAAAACAGAAAAAUAGAAAUAUUUAUUGCAAUAUUUGACCGAUUGUCUGCGUAAAAUGAAAUGUGUUGCAAUAGGAUUAAAGUAAUACGCGAAUAGAGUACGCGUACACCGCACAUACAACGUAUCAGCAAGAUAUACACAAAUAGUUAAUAGUGUUUUUACUCUAUAAAUGGAUCACGAUGUACGGUGGAUGAAUUCAACGAAAAGUAAGUAAAACUCUUCUUUUGUAAAGUUGGUGAUCAAGAUCUGUGUAUCGUACACAUUUGCAUUAGAUAUAACUUUAUACGACGAGGGUAUUGGACCUUUUGUACGAAGGGUUAAAAAUAAUCUGUAUGUAAGUAUACAUUUAUACUUAUUGCAAAAAUAAAAAAACUUGAAAAGAAUAGAUUUUUUAUUUAUUGUAAUAAAUAAAUUAUUUUAUUUUUCGUAUAUGCACUCGUGUAGUCGCUUAAAAAAAAAAAAACAUA